AUUCUUUUAUACGGAUGAUGGGUAGAUGUGUCCCUGUAUUUCGUUUAAUUUCGUAUUCCCGCAACAAUUUCAUUUUCGUCAUAAUUCCACAUGUAGAGGGAGCAGUAUUGAAACGUCAACAUAGCCCUCCCUCCAUACCCUUGCUAUCCCACUCUUCCGAAAAUGAAAACGUAAACAUAAACAAAUAUCAUGUGUCCUCUCCGUACAGUGUUGUAUACGACUCCUGAAUGAUAUUGUUCCAAGUUUUUAUCAGACCGUCGGAUAAUGUGCCACUGAUAAACGUAAUGCAAAAGUGUACAAUCAUCCACCCGACGAACUAAAGCACAAAAUUGAAAAUAUUUCCCAGUUGAUAAGUGGGUCAUAGAAAGUACCGUACAAUCAGUCGUGGCAUUUUGUAUAAUUUCGUGUAGUGUCGCUGCAUUCAUUAAUCUGUUGUUGACUGUGUCCACAAUGAAUUUCAUCGAUCUAAUUUUUAUCAAUUUCAUUGUCGUGAUUGUGAUACUGGGAGUGUUGAUAAAUUUCAUCGAACCGUAUCUGCCGACAUUCAUAACGCAAACCUUUCGCUACGGCAAACACUCGUACAAAGGGGUGCCCAACAAAAUUGCCCAACUGACCGAAAUACCCAAAUCGUAUUUCAAGCACUUCUAUGUGUUUGCGUUGAUCUGGUCGAUCCUGAUAACGUAUUUGGUGACAUGGACGUACGUGGGUGGAUAUGCGAUUCCGGAAUUUGUCGUAACCGGUCUGGAUGUCAUAUGUGGCAGAAAUCGGCAGGUGAAAACAAACGCCGCAUCCACUUUCAUCGCAAUCGUUUUGCUGAUGCUACAAUGCGUUCGACGAUUCUACGAGACCCAUUUCGUGCAGGUCUUUUCGAGUACGAGCAAAAUCAAUCUAUCGCACUACAUCGUCGGAUACUUUCACUACUUCGGUGCCCUUCUGGCUAUAAUUUCGCAGGCGCAAGGAUUUGUUCGUGGAUCUCAAGCGGAACUGAUUCGAUGGGACGAUAUUACGCUACGACAUAACAUAGCCAUUGGAGUGUUUCUGUACGCUUGGUACAACCAGUUCAUAUCCAAUUUGAUAUUGGCGAGUUUGAGGAAAAAUAAUGCAGGCACAGUCAUCACACAAAAGCACUUGCUACCAACGGGAGGCUAUUUCGAGUCAGUCUCGUCACCUCACAUGUUCUUCGAAGUCGUCAUCUACGUCGCUCUGUACAUCAUUUUGCACAACAAUUCGUCGUGGCUGUUCGUCUUGUGCUGGGUCAUUUCGAAUCAAAUCGAAAAUGCGUGGCUGACACACAAAUGGUACGUGGAAACGUUUCCCGACUACCCGAAAAGUCGAAAGGCAAUUUUCCCGAACUUUUUGUAGAACGAGAUUCGAACACGCCCACACCCACCGCGUCUCUCGUUGAAGAGUUUUUUGUCUUUUGUGUGAAAGCAAACGGUUUCGAAUGCUAAAAUAAACAAAAUUUAUUGUCGUCAAUA